CGGACGCGAUUGAUAAGUUGCCUAAUUAUUUGUUAUAAUUUGUGCCCACCAGAAUAAUCGCUAUUUGCUAAAUAUAUAUCAUAAAUACUUUUUAGGUGUGUGAGGAGCAGAAGGCUCUCAGUCUAAGCCCCUAUUAUCAGCCCCUAACUGUUCACUAAGUAGUACAUCCCAUUUGCUUCUAGUUCAUUUAUCAGGAUGCCUAUCAGUUCCAGAGAGUUGGUCUGUUAUUUGGCCAUGUAUGGCAUUGUUUUAGCUCUUUUAUUCAGACCUGGCUGCCAUCCUACUGACUACCAGAAAGUGGCUGUUGUAGUACCGAAGAUGCCAAUGGAGAUGGACCGCAAUGGAGAUGGACCUGUGGCUAUUGGCACCCUAGAUGGCAAGAGGAUUGGGACCAUCACUGCUGGCAUGAGGUUGCUAUCGAGUGCUCUGGACGGCAACAUCCUGCAGCUGCUAGGCAAGCCAGUGGAUCACCCCACCGUGAAGGCCUACAUGAAGGCCCACCCCUUCUACAACAUCCUCCCCCACCCUGAACGAGAGACUGUCAUUUUCAGGACCUCAGACGAGCGAAGCUUGAACGUUGAGGAACUGGUGGCAUAUGUGCUGCAGGAGGUGAAGAAACAAGUGUCGGCCCUCACCGGGCAGCAGGUUCAGGAGGUCAUCUUCCCAGUGCCUGCCUCCUUCAACCAACCUGAGCGGCGCGCCCUUCUAGAAGCAGUGGAAAUUGCAGGAGUGAAGGCCCGGAAUAUGUCGGAAUUAAUGAUGGCUACGCGCAGGUUACCCGAGUCACCAUCAUGGUUCUCUGACGACCACUUGGAAAACAUGGACCACCUCUUAGUCUGCACCCAGAUGAUGCUCGUCGUGCCGGACGUGACAGAGCCGGACGACUGCCCCGCUGAUGUUCAGUGCGUUGUGACUGUGGUCGCUGAGGUUGGUUAUUGGCCUGUUGGGAAUUUAUUGUUUGAGGAAAGUAUGCGUUUUGUUUUCCUGGUGCUUGUGUUUGUCUGGUGGUGGACUAUAGGUAGACGUCUUCCCGCGACGGUUCAAAAUGGCUUCUGGAUGAAAGUGUUUCUGGCGGUGGCGGUGGCACCGCUAACCUUGUUGGUGUUGGCGGUGGCCAUCCCUAAGUUAGUGAACACUGUCCUUUUGUGCGUGCGAGGUUGGUGAUGGGUUGGUGGUCUAAUGGUAUUGGUCUAACGGCCUUGUGGUCUAAUGGUGGUCUAAUGGUAUUUGUCUAAUGGCCUUGUGGUCUAAUGGUAUUUGUCUAAUGGCCUUGUGGUCUAAUGGUGGUCUAAUGGCCUUGUAUCAUGAUUUUUGCCAUUAACAACAUGGCCGUGCUAAAUAUUACGAACUUGUCUCAUUUUGAUUUAUAUCAGUUAAUACGUUUCAUGAACUAAAUAAAUGCGUCACAGCCUGAGAACACCGUAUAAACUGGAGCUAAUAUUGACAUAAUUUUUAUGUGUAUUUUCAAGUUGCUAUGUAGUUUUCAAUCUCUGAUUAUGAAAUGAUAAUAUGAUUUUAUCAUAUUUCUUUAUGAAUCAGCGUUCUGGCAUGGUGAAUCAGUAUUUUAUAACGAUGAAUCAGCAUUUUAUAACGAUGAAUCAGCAUUUUGUCAUCGUGAUAAAUCAGCAUGUUAUAUCAAAUGCUGAUUCAUCACGAUGAAUCAGCAUUUGGAGACGAAUCUGUACCAUGUUUCAUCUACAAUUUUUUUGUAGAUGAAGCAUUCACGAUGUAGAUGAAUCAGCAUUUUGUCACCGACAAACGGCCGUGUUAUUUCAGGAUUUUUGCCAUCUUUAAAAAGUGUCAGUAAAAUAUGUAAAUUUUGAAGUACUCGUACAAACUGAAUAUAGUAUUUAAUUUCAGUUUAAUUAGUUUACAUGUUGGCAUUCACUGAAUGGUAGUUUAAUUUCAGUUUAAUUAGUUUACAUGUCGGCAUUCACUGAAUGGUAGUUUGUGAAUCAUAUUGUACUAACUACUGUAUUGGAAUAUGACGUAGAUUAUCUGACGUACUGAUAGGUUGAUGAAAUCUGCUCUUAUGCCGUGAACACAGCUUACGAUUCGUGACUGUCUUUGGUUUUCGCCGAGACUGUUUUUGGUACUGUGGAGCUGUGUAUCUAUGGUGUAUGUGUAUCAGUAUCUAUGGUACUCGCCGACGGUUUACACUUUACACCCUUAAAUCCAGCAUUGAUUUUACCGACGUGUUGAGUUUCAAUAUCGAUCUCUCAGCCAAGGCUUUUUUCACUUUAGUUGCCACGUGUUGGGUAGUGCGGAGAUACUCGUGUUUAAACGCGGAAUUUUCGUGUAAGAGUUCCAGUAAAAAAAAAGAACGGUUUUGAAUUUCUGUGUUUUUCUCUCACUACAUUUAAAGGCCUGUCACUUAGGAUGUAAAAAUUAUAGGGCACAAAUUGAUUUACGAGACGAGUUGAUUUUGAAAGUCGUAUAUUGUAUGUUAUGUUAGUCGUUUUGCAUAUGUUAGUCGUAUUGCAACAAAAUUGAACUUGUGGACUCGUUAUUCUUCAUUUAGGAAAUAUUGAUAUAGGAAUCUAAAAUCGUCAUCAAAUGUGGCCUUUUCAUCACGAUAGGCCACGACAAGAAUUUCAAUGUUUUCGUCGGCCAUAAUAACGGUUUGUUGUCAUCGUAAUUGUACAGAGAAAAGCAGGGGGAGAAAAAAAAGCAACCGCAAGUUAGCGUUAAAUUAUUGCUGCUCGUCAUUGAUGCACACAUACUCUGGUUGGUUAUGCUUCAUCUAUGCAUUU